AAAAAGACUCUGGAAAGUCGCACAUGCUCAUAGAUAAUUUUAAGGAAUAAACUACGCCUUUUUUUGUUUUGUUUUGUUGUAUGUUGUCUUAUUAGUGUCCCCGCAAUGUUGGAGCAGGGGUUAGAAAUGUCAGCCAUGAUUCCUGCUUUACAGGAUCUUGGAAGUGCCAAUUCUACAGAAUAUAACGAGGUGGUACAAAAACCCCGUCGGAUUCUUUGUCAGUUUAUUGACAGGAUACUGACUGAUGUUGAUGUUGUUGCCUUGGAGUUGUCCAAGAAGAGCCAUUUGGAGCCAGCUUGCGUUAUGCUUCUGGAUUUUGUGCAACAUAUCAUAAAAUCAUCGCCACUAAUGUUUGUAAAUCCCACAUGUCCAAUGGACCGAUUUAAAGACGUGGGACAAAGCUGCACAGAUUUCAGUAAGUGGAUCAUUACUCGGUUUCUUCGCAUUGCUGCUGCCCCAGCCUGUGAGACCUUGCACCAGAAGAUUGCUUUAGUCAUCUGCUCCUUACUGCAUCUACUCAAAGCCAAGGGUGCACUCAUAUUUGCAGUGCUGGCCAAGGAAAUGGUAUCUCUUUCUCAGGAUCUUUUCAGUGUGCAAAAAAGAAACUGUAAUGGGAAAAACAUGAGUGAGUUCCCAGUCAAGAUUGCAAGGUUUUUAGUGAGGCCAGAAGGAGCAGAAAGUUACCUGACACCUGCCACUCUCCAUCUGUCCUCUUGGGCGGCUGUUGAAGCUCUUCAGAUCAGCACGUUGACUGUGCUGACCAACAUCCUGCACAGUGUUUUUUUCCGGCCUGAGAUCAACGCUGUUUGGGAAGUCAGCUGUUCAGUGGCAGCUCUUGGAAAUUCAAAGCUGAAAAGUGUUGCUAUAGCACUGCUGACACACAUCAUUGACCUGGGAGGGUUUCCUGAUAGGCAAGCGCAUCUCUUCUUUUCUGCGUAUCUUCAUAUCCUAAGCUCUCUUGCCCUCACUGACCAAACAGACCUGCAGCUGUAUGCAGGUGUCCUCAGGGAUUUGUCCCAACGUGUGUUUGUCCCCAAGCGGGACACAUAUCAUAGGAUUGAGAGGGUCCACCUGGAUAUGGUGAUGGAGAAGCUCCAUCAGCUUUUGGCCAGUGGGCUCUUAGAGAAGCUGGAAUCGGAUGAAGCAAAAAUGAUGCUCUGCGAGAUCUUUGAGUUCAUCUUGGGCUUUGUUCCCCUCGGGUACGAGUGUGCCGCUCAGAUCAGGAAGGAGCGUGUGACUGAGGUGUGCAAGGUUCUGAUCAGGAGUCUGGGAUUGCAGAAGACCCAGGAGUACGUGGAGGGUUACCUGUUCGCUGCCUUGAAGAGUGAGGUGAUGGAUAUCUUCCAGGCAGUGCAGUGUACUUCCUCAGAUGCUAGCAGUGGUGUGGAUGAGAUUCCAGCCAAGGCUCCACGCUUGUCCUUGGAGCCACUGCUGCAGAAGUGCAAAAACUUUUCUAUCUCCACACCAGUGGUAAUGAGGCUAAGGAGCAAGCUGUGGGCGGCAGUUGACAGUAAGCUGGAGGACCUUUUGUCCAAGCUGAAGGAUCAGACUGGCUCACUGUCUUUGUGCACGCUGGAGGGUGUGACUGUCCUUCUGCACCUAGCUGCUCUCUGUUUCAGCCAGUCACCUGAGAGGAGGGGCAUCUGGUCAGACACAGAGCCUGCUAAGAAGGCCACAGACCCAGGGGGUGCAUGUUCCGCACAGAUGCUGGUUUGGGUCCAGCCCAGGGUGCUAAGCCAGGCGCUGGAGUGUUGCCAAGGGAUGCUGGAUGCUGCUACUGAUGAAGACCAGCUGCAGCUCCUUGUGGACAGAACCGUGAGGAUCGCAGAUUCCAUUUUGUACAUGAGCUACAGUAAGCCGAAUGAGGUGGGUCUGCAUAAGAGUGUGUGUGGCCUGCUCUCUUUGCCCUGGCUGUAUGAACAUGCAUCACAUGCUGCCUACCAGUCUGCGAGACUGCCUUCCAACCUGCUUGGCUUGAGCCAGAAGCUGGCCCCUUGUUUCUCGGCUCGGAUGCAGGCACACUGCGUUUUCCUGCUGUCACUCCUGCCCAAGCAGACAUGUCCAGAAUGGCGAUCCUGCGUGUACCGCUGGGCCCUACAGAGCUCGAGCGAAGCUGUGCGGGCUGGAGCUGUACGUGGCUUACCAACCCUGCUCCACAUCCUGGGGGUCAAGUCCUACAACCUCAUUCAUGAGGUCCUGCUGCCCAAGAUUCAGGACAGUGCUGUUUGCGUGAAGGAGGAGCUGGCCAGCAAUAUGGGCUGCUUGACCUGCUGCCUGGCUGAGAACUCUGCCCUGCCUGCCCCAGAAGGUGAAAUCAGCCCCUGUGAGACCUUUCUCUGUGCCCGGCUCACUGUCUGUGCUGCCCACCAGAAGGAGGUCACUACCAUUGGGGCUUCCAUCUUCACCCCUUUCCUUAGGCUUCUCAAACCAGAUGUCCAUCACUCAGUCAAAUUAGCUUUCAUAGGCAACAUCCCUCACCUGUGCAGACACGUGAACCUGAGGAAUGCAGACCCUGACACCAAGGCCCUUGCGAGUGCUCUGUUAGACCUGAUUGAAGACCCUGACGAGGAGGUCCGCACACUAUUUGGUAGAAACAUCAAACAUCUGUUGGAGGCCUGGCAGGGGGAGGGCUACCUCAAAGAGCUUAUUGUUUCACGCCUGAAAGAAGCAUACACCAAUGCAAAGGAAAGAAGGGACAACAAUUUAAAAAAUACACUGAUAUUCACAACAGGAGAGAUUGGAAGGGUUGCUCAGGGGAACCUGGUCUCCUUUGCACUACUCCGCUUGUUGCAUUUCUUGCUCUCCAAGUCCGCCCAGGUGUCUGUCGCAGCGUACACUGAGAUUCGCACACUGGCCACUGCCAGGGGCCUCAAACCACAGGCUCUUUUCAGUCAGUACAAAAACCCAGUCUGCCAGUUCCUGGUGGAGUCGCUGCACUCGUGCCAUGUGAUCGCUCUCUCUGGCACCCCAGACCAGAGCAGUGUGACCCUACAGGAAGAGUCAGCACGCCAGCGAGAGCUGGCCCUCGACAUCCUGUCCCAGGUGGCACAUGUCUUUGACUUCCCAGACCUCAACCGCUUCCUCAGUCGUACUCUCCAGGUGCUUUUGCCAUACCUUGCUGCCAAGGCCAGCCCCACAGCCUCCUCACUCAUCCGCACCAUCGCCAAGCAGCUCAACGCCAACCGGAGAGAAAUCCUCAUUAAUAAUUUCAAGUACAUUUUCUCCCAUCUGGUUUGCUCCUGCACUAAGGAUGAGCUGGAGAGGGCUUUUCAUUAUCUCAAGAGUGAGACGGAGAUUGAGUUGGGCAGCCUCCUGAGGCAGGACUUCCAGGGGCUGCACAAUGAGCUCCUACUCCGCCUAGGUGAGCACUACCAGCAGGUCUUCAAUGGUCUGGCAAUCCUGGCUUCCUUUGCUUCCAGUGAUGACCCCUACCAAGGGCCCAGUGACAUCACUACAUCUGAGCGAAUGGCUGACUACUUGCAGCCCAAGUUGCUUGGCAUCCUGGCCUUCUUCAACAUGCAGCUGCUGAGCUCCAAUGUGGGUGAAAAGGACAAGAAGAGGAUGGCCCUGGACAGCCUGUUGGCACUGAUGAAGCUUAUGGGCCCCAAGUACAUCAGCUCAGUCAGGGUGAAGAUGAUGACCACGCUCCGCACUGGCCUCAGAUGCAAAGAUGACUUCCCAGAGUUAUGCUGCAAAACUUGGGAUUGCUUUGUGCAGUGCCUGGACAAGGCCUACCUGGGACCCCUCCUCAGUCAUGUGAUUGUGGCCCUGCUUCCGCUUAUCCCUGUUCAACCCAAAGAGACGGCAGUUAUCAUGCACUACCUUAUUGUGGAGAACAGGGAUGAAGUUCAGGAUUUCCUCCAUGAAAUCUACUUCUUACCUGAACACCCUGAACUGAAGGAGAUCCACAAGGUUUUACAAGAUUACAGGAAGCAAACGUCCAAGAGCACAGACCUGCCAGCAGCACUCCAGCUUUCCAUGAGGGCCAUCCAGCAUGAAAAUGUGGAUGUCCGUAUCCACGCCCUCACCAGCCUCAAGGAAAUGAUGUACAAGAACCAGGACAAGCUGCUGAAGCACGUGAUGGACAGUGAGACAGUGGAGCCGGUCAUCUCCCAGCUGGUGAUGGUGCUCCUGAAGGGCUGUCAGGACACAAACCCGGAAGCAAGGCUGUUAUGUGGAGAGUGUCUGGGAGAGCUGGGAGCCAUCGACCCUGGCCGGCUGGACCUGUCCACCACGGACACCCAGGGCAAGGGUUCCACCUUUGUGAGUGGGGUGGAGGACCCUAACUUUGCUUAUGAGCUACUGACUCAGCUAACCAGGACAUUCCUGGCCUACGCUGACAAUGUGAGGGCACAGGACUCAGCAGCCUAUGCCAUGCAGGAGCUGCUCUCUGUUUAUGAGUGUUGUGAGAGCCGCACUGACUCUCCAGGCCGGCGGCUUUGGAGGCGGUUCCCUGAGCAGGUGCAAGAAAUCCUGGAACCACACUUGAGCAGUAGGUACAAAAGCUCUCAAAAAGUGCAGAACUGGUCUAAUCUGAAGAAACCCAUCUACCUUAGCAGUCGUGGAAGCAAGUUUGCAGAGUGGUCAGCAACCUGGGCUGGAUAUCUCAUAAGCAAAGUUAGGCAUGAGUUUGCUAGUAAGGUCUUCAACUGCUGCAGUUUCAUAAUAAAACAUGACUACAAGGUAACCAUAUACCUCCUGCCCCAUAUCCUGGUCUAUGUGCUUCUGGGCUGCAAUCAGGAGGAGCAGAAAAAGGUCAACGAAGAGAUAAUGGCAGUACUGCAAGAGGAUGACUUUCGGGCAACCCCCUUGCAAGACAGCAUGUCUGGGCUGAGCCAGCUGAGCACGCAAACAGUCUUCUCCAUGGUGGACCAUCUCACCCAGUGGUCCCGACACAAGUUGCAUACCCUCAGUGCAACCAAGUCGGAUUCUCGCUCCUCCACUUGUAUGGAGGACAGUGAGUACCAGAGUGUUGUGUCGUUCCUCAACCGCAUUCCCCAGGAUGUUCUGGCCAAGGCAUCAUUUCGGUCCAAAGCUUAUACCCGUGCUAUUAUGCACUUUGAGUUUUUCAUUAUUGAGAAAAAGCAAAACAUACAGGACCAUGUCACCUUCCUGCAGACAUUGUAUGUGGCCAUGCAUGAACCUGACGGCGUACGUGGGGUCAACGCCCUGCGGAAAGAGGAACCUUCGCUGCGGGAGCAGAUCCUGGAACACGAGAGCAUCGGCUUGCUGCGCGAUGCUACUGCCUGCUAUGACCGUGCCAUCCAGCUGGAGUCUGAUCAGAUAGCUCAUUAUCACGGAGUGCUGAAGUCUGUUCUAGGGCUUGGACAGCUCUCUACUGUAAUAUCCCAAGUCAACGGAGUACUUGCCAGCCGGCCACAGUGGAAAUCAGAGUUAAACACAUACAGGGUUGAGGCUGCCUGGAAGCUAACACGCUGGGAUCUGUUGGAGGAUUACGUAGCUACAGACCAAAAGUCGAGCACAUGGAGUGAAAGACUUGGUCAGAUGCUGCUUGCAGCCAAGAAACAAGAUGCAGAAACUUUCUAUGAAAAAUUGAAAUUGGUUAGAAAGGAGCAAGUGGUUCCUUUGUCUGCAGCCAGUUUCGAAUGGGGAACAUAUCAGAGAGGAUACGAGUACAUUGUAAGGCUUCACAUGCUCUCUGAGCUAGAACAUGCAUUCACUGAGCUGCAGAGGCAGUGGCACAAGGAUGGACACCCCAAGGAGCCAGAUCCUAUGCUUAACUGGCAUCUCCGGUUGGAGAUGACCCAGAAUUCAUUCCGAGCCAAAGAACCUAUUCUGGCGCUGAGGCGGGCCAUCGUCAGCCUCUGCAAGUGGCCUGCAAGUGAGGAGCUGGUGGGUCAGUGUUGGCUGCAGAGUACCAGGGUGGCCCGGCGUGCUGGCCAUCACCAGACAGCCUACAAUGCUCUGCUCAAUGGCGAAAACUCUCGGCUGCCAGAGCUCUUCGUGGAGAAGGCCAAAUGGCUGUGGUCUAAGGGCGAUGUUCAUCAGGCGUUGAUCGUCCUCCAGAAAGGUGUCCAACAGUGCUUUCCCGAGGAUCAGCCACUGACAGAUUCCAAAAGUAUCCAAAUCAAAGGCAAGGCCAUGCUGCUUGUGGGCCGUUUCAUGGAGGAGACGGCCAACUUCGAAAGCAAUGCCAUCAUGAAGGUGUACAAGGAUGUCACCACACUGCUGCCAGAGUGGGAAGAUGGGAAUUUCUACCUUGCCAAAUAUUAUGACAAGCUAAUGCCAAUGGUCACCGAUAACAAAUUGGAGAAGCAGGGCAAUCUGAUUCGUUAUAUUGUCACAUUUUUUGGAAAAGCUCUGCAGUUUGGGAACCAGUAUAUCUACCAGGCCAUGCCCCGAAUGCUCUCGCUCUGGCUUGAUUUUGGCGCCAAAGUUUUUGAGUGGGAGAAAGCUGGGCGUGCGGAUCGGCUCCAGAUGCGCUCCGAUUUGUCGAAGAUCAAUGCAGCCAUCAUAGAGCACACCAGCAAUCUUUCCCCAUACCAGUUCCUCACCGCCUUCUCCCAGCUCAUCUCCCGAAUGUGCCAUUCCAAUGAUGAAGUUUUUGCUGUACUGCUGCAGAUUAUCGCCAAGGUCUUCCUUGCCUACCCGCAGCAGGCCAUGUGGAUGAUGACAGCAGUGUCCAAGUCUUCCUAUCCCACUCGUGCCAACCGAUGCAAAGAGAUCCUUAACAAGGCCAUCAGCCUGAAAGAGACACUGGGGAAAUUCAUUGGUGAUGCCACCAGGCUGACUGAUAACCUGCUGGAGCUCUGCAACAGACCGGUGGAUGGGAGCAGCACCACGCUUAGCAUGGGCAUCCACUUCAAGUUGCUGAAACGGUUGGUGCAGGAAACCACCUUCAGCCAGAUCCUGAUCCCCCGCCAGUCUGUGCUCAUCCCCACACUGCCCUCCACUGGCGGGGCCAACCCCAGUCAUGAUGCAUUCCCCGGACACUGGGUCUACUUGGCUGGCUUUGAUGACAGUAUCGAGAUCCUGGCCUCUCUUCAGAAGCCCAAGAAGAUUUCACUGCGUGGUUCAGAUGGGAAGUCCUACACCAUGAUGUGCAAACCCAAAGAUGACCUAAGGAAAGACUGCCGGCUCAUGGAGUUCAACUCCCUCAUCAACAAGUGCCUCAGGAAGGAUGCUGAGUCCAGAAGGAGGGAGCUGCACAUCCGGACGUAUGCUGUGAUCCCACUCAACGAGGAGUGCGGCAUCAUUGAAUGGGUGGACAACACAGCUGGCUUGAGGCACAUCCUCACAAAGCUGUACAAGGAGAGGGGGAUACACAUGACUGGGAAAGAGCUGCGGAAGUGCAUCUUGCCAAAGACAGCCUUGCUCCAGGAGAAGCUCAAACUGUACAAGGAGGUUCUUUGUGCACGACAUCCUCCUGUCUUCCAUGAGUGGUUCCUAAGGACUUUCCCUGAUCCCACCUCAUGGUACAGCAGUAGGUCGGCCUACUGCCGCUCCACGGCCGUCAUGUCUAUGGUGGGCUAUAUCCUGGGCCUUGGUGAUCGCCAUGGUGAGAACAUCCUGUUUGACUCCCUUACUGGAGAGUGUGUGCAUGUGGACUUCAAUUGCCUUUUCAAUAAGGGAGAAACAUUUGAUGUACCAGAGGUUGUCCCAUUCCGGCUAACCCCUAACAUGGUAUAUGCCAUGGGCCCUAUGGGCACAGAGGGACUCUUCAGACAGGCCUGUGAGGUCACACUUCGACUGAUGAGGGACCAGCGAGAGCCUCUCAUGAGUGUUUUGAAGACGUUCCUGCAUGACCCCUUGGUGGAGUGGAGCAAGCCAGUCAAAGGCACAUCUAAAAUUCAGGCCAAUGAGUCCGGGGAGAUUGUCAAUGAGAAGGCAAAAACCCACGUACUGGACAUUGAGCAGCGUCUGCAGGGGGUGAUAAAGAACAGGAACAAGGUGAUGGGUUUGCCCCUCUCUAUUGAGGGCCAUGUUCACUACCUCAUUCAGGAAGCAACAGAUGAAAACCUCCUUUGUCAGAUGUACUUAGGCUGGGGACCUUACCUGUGAAAUGUACAUCACCCACAAACUGGGUUGAGUAUGGCUGAUGGCAGAUUGUACUGUAUUGCACUUUGCUCCAUUUGUUAAAAUGGUAGAGAAUUAAAGCUUGAUUUAUGAUCCAAAAAUACUUAUUUGGAUUGUUUUGGGAUUAGUUGGCCUGUGAGUAGUUAUUCAUUGAACUGAAAAUAUUUCCAUCAAAAUCC